AUCAAAACUUAUGCUUUAAACCAAUAAAAACUAAUGAUUUAGAUGACAUUUUUAAUUUUUUCCUUUUUUUUAACCAUUUUUCAAAAUCUUUAAAUUAAAAAACUUCUCUAUCAAUCUCCAGUUUUACCGAAUUGAAAAAAAUACAAUCUAUAAAUUUCUUCUUAAACCAAUUACCCAUUUCAAGGGUCAGAGUUCCUAAACAUGUUGGAUCCAUUUUGUUGCGAACAUCUUUAAGAUCCGAUAAAAGACUUGUUUGAGAGAUCUCAAGGAAGAAGAAGAAGGGGGGAAGCAGAUAACAUGUCUGCGAUUGUUUGCGGGAAGAGAUCUCUGUUCGAGGACUUAGCCGCCGCUUCUCCUCCCGUCUCCAAGAAACUCCGUUGCUUUUCUUCAUCUUCUUCGUCUCGUUUUUCUCCUCCGAUUCCUCCUUCUUCCUCACUUCUUCUCGAUCACCUCGCCGCGAUUUUCCCCGAUAUGGAUAAGCAGAUUCUUGAGAGGGCAAUCGAGGAAUGUGGAGAUGACCUUGAUUCAGCCAUUAGAUGUUUGAAUCAGCUUCGUUUAGAAUCUGCCAAUAAGAAUUCUGAUUCUGCUACAAACCAAUCUCCUGUUGUAAUCCAGGAACCAAAUGUUGAACCUCAACAGCAAGGAUCAGCCAAGGAGGAACCAAAUGUCUUGAACUUGGAUGGUACAGAGUGGGUUGAGCUUUUUGUUAGGGAAAUGAUGAAUGCUUCUGACAUGAAAGACGCCAAAGCCCGUGCUGCAAGAGCAUUGGAAGCUUUGGAGAAGUCAAUUAAUGCACGUACUGGUACUGACGCAAUGCAAAAUCUCCAACAGGAAAACAUGAUGCUGAAGCAGCAAUUAGAAGCUAUUGUACAGGAAAACAGUUUACUGAAACGAGCGGUAGUGACACAGCAGAAGCGGCAAAGAGAAUCGGAAGACCAAAGUCAGGAAUUGCAGCAUCUGAGGCAGCUAGUCACUCAAUACCAGGAACAGUUGAGAACUUUAGAGGUGAAUAACUAUGCUCUGACGCUUCAUCUGAAACAAGCUCAGCAAAACAGUUCCAUCCCGGGGCGGUACCAUCCAGACGUCUUCUAAUACUUUGUGAGGCCCUCGUAUCAUUUUGUUUCCAGUGUAUUUUUCUCUGUUGGUUUGUGACUAUUUAUAUAUAUUCGGGGAAUCAAAACUGUGUUCUUUUGUUGUUGUUGUUGUUGUUAUUGUUGUAUAUAUUCUCUUUCGAGUUCAAUGAUGGAUUCCACAG